UGUAUUUCAGUGCUGGACAAGAAUGGAUACCCACAUGUGUUGCCAAACAAAACAUGGUCCGGCUGAAAAUGAAGAUCAACAUAUCAAUACUUGCUUGCCAACCGCCAAUAAAAAAGAAGAAAAUGAAGAAUAUAACGAAGACCCAGGAGCUGCUCCUUACGGAAACUUUAUAAACUAUUACACCUUUAACCCACCAGAAAAUCGCCUGAGUUUGAUACCCUCCAGUCUGCUCCGGGAUGUUGGAUGUGCCAAUGAAACACCCCUGAUACUAGACGUGGGAUGCAACUCAGGAGACUUGAGUGUGGCCUUAUACCAGCACCUGCUGCUGCCAUCAGACUGUUCAUCUGAAGGGCCAUCCUCGGCCGCUCCAGAGGGAAGCCCCCUCCAGCUGCUGGGCUUUGACCUGGACGAGGAGCUGAUCCAUCGGGCCAGGAGCUCCAACCCUCACCCCGAGAACAUCACCUUCAUUCCUCUGGACAUCACCCAGGACGAAGCCAGCCGUGCUGAACUGGGCUCUUACCUGCAGGGAUUCGGGCGUAGCACGUUCCACCUGUGCGCGUGCCUGGCGGUCACCAUGUGGGUGCAUUUGAACCACGGGGACGCGGGGCUGCUGGGGCUGCUCUCCCGCCUGGCCAGCCUGAGCGACCACCUGUUGCUGGAGGCUCAGCCCUGGAAGUGCUACCGCUCGGCCGCCCGCAGGCUGCGCAAGCUGGGCCGCAGCGACUUUGAUCACUUCAAGACGCUGAAGAUACGAGGGGACAUGGCAGAGCACGCCAGGGCUCAUUUGGAGAGGAACUGUGGCAUGGAGCUCGUGCAGAGCUUUGGAAGCACCAGCUGGGACAGGAAGCUGCUGCUCUUCAGAAAAGUUAAACACAACGGGAAGGACGAGGAGAACACAUAACUUGUAGAAACACUCUCAAGACUCAACACAGACAGUUGACUUAUGUAUCCGUUUUGACAUGACUGCAUUUUCCUUUUUUUCUAUUGCCAAAGACUAAAGAUGAACUCUUAACCUACCGGUACACACCUCAGCAACUGUGAAGUUGCAAUUUCAAAAGUGAACCAAAAGGGGUCAGUGUGGUUCCAGAAAAGUUUCCUCUAAAAUGUAAGUUAAAUGUAAAGGAGUACAGCUGAGACACAUGAGCACACCCUGAGGCAAACUGUGGUUCAAUUUAACCCCAUGUAUUAGCCUGGACUUUAAAUCAGCGUAGUGUGACUCUGUGCUUAACCAUAGCUCAGUUUUUACUAUAACAUUACAUGUCCAAUUUCCCAAUUUCUGAUUUGUGUCUAUGGUAAAAUAAGACAUAAAUGCAAUGCAAUUUUACUUCCAAACAUAAAUGCAAUUAAUUUGAAUGCUUUAUUUGCUGUCAUGAUAUAGUCUUGCUAUUCAUCUUGUAUUUAUGUUUAAAAAAAUGACAUUCUUUGUACACACUUACUGUACACACGUAAAACACAGGUGUGAUUAGGCAAGGGCAAAUAAAGUGCCUGUUCUCACCACACCCUGCCCUGAACUGCACAGCGAACACACCGCCACCGCCACCCUCCCCCUGAUGACUCCCAAAGGAUAUGGGGUGUCACACACAAAGCCAUGGAGGAGGUGGCACCGCCACACACAGCUAGGGUUUCCUCAGUCAUAUUGUGGAACACAGGAUGUGCUGAUCAUGCCAGGUCGCUCAGUGAGCUUGGCCAGGUUGUAACUCUCCUCCGUUGCAAUAAUGAAGAUGAAAAUAAAAGAGGAAGUGGGUUGAGAUAAUUGUGAAAGUAAUGCAAAUAAUAAUAAACGUACGAUAAGUUAUUUUGAA